GUCUUUGGGUAAACUAAUACAUACUGGUACUAUACAAAAACUUAUAGCAAAUACCUAAUCGCAAAGACCGGUUUUAUAACGGACGCGACUGAUAAUGGCGGAUAAAUUGGACGACUACCAGGGUGUAGCUGGCCGGUGGCAUGGGAUAAGGGACCGGUGGAAGGAAAGAUACGCGCAAUGGAAGGAGAACCAUCCACGUGGGAUUCGGGAGGUUUUGAAGGAGUUGCUGUUUGGUAUACCAACGUCGUCUGAACCGCCCAACCGAGAGUAUGAUAACACUGAAUACAGCGAUAUAUUCAGACGGAAAAACCGAUUGGAACUAAUGCGGAUAUCGGCUGCGGUAAUGGGUAUAGAGUUUUCAUACGCGGGCGAGACAGCCUUCGUUUCACCCACCCUGCUCCAGAUUGGAGUACCACAUCACCAAAUGACUAUGGUGUGGGCGCUCUCACCGUUAAUAGGCUUCUUUAUGACCCCUCUCCUGGGCUCACUGAGUGACAGGUGCAAAUCUAAAUUUGGACGACGGCGACCAUUUAUCGUCAUGAUGUCCAUUGGAGUGUUUUUAGGUCUAAUUUUAGUGCCCAAUGGUGAAACCUUGGGUUAUAUGCUUGGUGACCUAGGGAACGUCAAUAAAACCCAAGUUCCUUCAGUAUUAGGCCCACGUAGCACAGCAUUAGAAACGGAAGGAUCAAAUUACCAUCCCUGGGGUGUAUUUUUCACUAUAAUUGGUACUGUGCUGUUGGAUUUCGAUGCUGAUGCCUGCCAAAGUCCUGCGCGAGCGUAUCUACUCGAUGUGACAGUUCCAGAGGACCAUGCUAGGGGCUUGAGUACUUUCACGAUAAUGGCUGGAUUGGGAGGGUUUAUGGGAUACGCGCUUGGUGGAAUAAAUUGGGAUGAAACCACACUAGGAGACUUCUUCGGUGGCCACGUGAGAGCGGUAUUCACGUUGAUCACAAUAAUUUUCGUGAUCUGUGUAUCAGCAACUAUCAGUAGUUUUAAAGAAAUACCACUGGAAGAGUUGCACCAGUAUGACGAGUUUAAAAAGAGUACAGAAAAAUCGAAAACUCCGCCUGAUCAGGAGCAAUUAGAAAGAGAUAACCUGAAGAAAGAUGUGUCGAGCUAUGGGACUCUUGAAGAGGAAGGUGUGAGGAAAGACUGUUCAACUUAUGGAACGUUGGAAGGCUCUGAGGCUCCAGCGCCACCAGCUCCAAAUGGAAUAGCAAUACCCGAAGGCCACGGCGAGCCCCUUUCCCUUAAACACUAUCUGAGGUCCAUAGUCAUGAUGCCCAAGUCUUUGAGAUUCGUUUGUUUGACUAAUCUCUUUUGUUGGAUGGCGCAUGUCUGCUAUUCGCUGUACUUCACAGACUUCGUCGGCGAAGCUGUGUAUGGUGGAAAUCCAGCUGCGCCAGUCGGCACAGAAAGUAGAACUAACUAUGAAGCGGGCGUUCGCUUCGGCUGCUGGGGGAUGGCGAUGUACUCUCUAUCUUGUGCUUGCUAUUCAACUUUUAUUGAGAAACUGAUCAAGAAGUUUGGCGCUAAAAAAGUCUAUGUCGGAGGCUUGUGUACCUACAGCUGUGGUAUGAUGCUCCUUUGCAUCUUGAGGACACAAACAGCAGUGCUCCUAUUCAGCUGGACAGCUGGUAUCCUGUAUUCUACGCUUUUUACGAUGCCCUACCUCCUGGUCGCGCACUACCAUGCAACAGGAAUGUGGGAUAGUGAGGGAGGAGGCUGCGGUGAAGAGCGAGGCAUCGGUACAGAUGUCGCUGUGAUCAGUAGUUGUGUUUUCGUCGCUCAGCUGUUAAUUUCAUUUAUUAUGGGCUUCGCUGUGAAGCUGACUGGGUCCACCGCUGCAGUGGUCGGUGUAGCAGCCUCUUUAGCUGGUGCAGCUGCUAUUACUGCAACUAAAAUUACCUAUUUGGAGCUCUAAGCUGAAGCUCAAAUGUCUCUCUGACAUAUAGUUGAAUUUCUGGUACUCACUGGUUAUCUAAACAGGAAUUUGUAUGUUUCGUUAGAAUAAGGUUACUUUUAAAUAUGUAAACAUUGUUAAGGCUUGUUGAUUUAUACGAGCGGAUUUACCAGCAGGCUCGAGCCUAGUGCGACAAAUUUCUGAAGCUACUUUUUUUGCUACCGGCAUGUUUUUUUUUCGAUAUUAUGCUAAUGCAAGAUAAGCAGAGAUCAUCACAAUUACGGCGAUUUCCUUAAUAUGAAAUCACAAUAAAAAUAAAUAUUGACGAAAUUUUACGGGCUUGUUUGGAGUUUACGUACUCGCUUUAACUGUUAUUGAAUUACUACAAUAAUCGCGUGCGUAAUUGUGUUACAAUUUUUAAUAUAAAGUUGUUUUAUAAGUGAUACUAACAUGCUGAUUUUAAUUGAAGGUGGCUGGUUUUAUUUAGUGUGUGUGACGAUUAGAAUAUAACAAUGAAAUGAAAUGUGUUUGAACAUUAAUAUGCCAAAUAUAAUCUAAGCUUUGAAACAUACUUUUAAUAUUAAUCUAAUGUAAAGUUGUCUUUGUUGUUUAUUAAUUACAUAAUCAUUACAAUAAAAUUAAUUCGUGUCUGUUAAUCUCAAGUUGUUCUUUUAAGUCUUAGAUUUAGGUAUCUAUGUAAUAUUCGUCUUGUUUGGAUUUCAUAUCGGUUAUUAUUAUAAGUUAUAUUAGUUUAUUUUUUUUAGAAAUUAAUUGCGGAAUCGUUUUAUAUAUUUAGAUAAUUAAACUUAAAAACCCAUACAUGUUCUAAGGAUAUUUUAUCUACUACAGAUAACCCUUUAGUAGGCGUUCAAGUAUAAUGUAACUAAUUUUGGAUUGGAUGGAUGGAGCCCCCCCCCCCUCUUGUAAAUCGUUACGAUGCGGGGCGAGCGUUGAAUUAUGCGUUAUUGUUAAUAUUAUUUUCGACUUUCCAGUACUUUACACUACAUAAUGGUAAGUUUUAGGUAUGAAGAGUGACUGGGUGGCCACGACACGUUUUACUGUUGACGUGCGCAAACGUUAAGGCGCAUUUCAUCUCAAGAAUCUCCAAAUAUUGCGUGACGUAAUACUUGAAAGCUCCCUUAGCUAAUCAGGGCAAGGGUUUAUUAAUAAUAGGAUAAUAAAAGGAUAUUUAGUUAAUAUAGUAUAAAGUUUAGAUAUUGUAGCUUGGAAGCGCUGAUUCUGUUUUGCAUAAACAUGAGAUGGUGUGUAUGUUAAUCUAGAAUAUACAGAAAUAUUAGUGUGUGAUUGUCGCACAAUUGCUAGUAUAAUUUCUUUAUUAUGUAGGUGACAGGGAAUUUAAGUUUAGACGUAACUUUAACUUGUAUGUUAUACCUGAAAAGGUUUUGAAUGCUUGUGAAGGACUGUCUAAUAUAAUCGGUAUGUAAAUAUUAACUUAACAUGUUAUAAAUGUAAUCCCAUUUAAUCGUGUUAUUAAAAUUAUUUUCAAGUGAU